GCAGGCAUGGUGGGAGUGGCAUUACAGUUGGUUGCUAUGGUUACAUUGUUUACAUCUGCAAGGUUGUUGAUCUGCAGAUCAUUUGCAUGUGGCUUCCUAUUGGCUGAGAAUACUAUAGUGAUGUCAUACAGAGGAGAAUAAAGAGAGCAUUGUGAUGUCAUAAAGAGGAGAGUUGUUUACUGCUGUUACUCACUCACUUGCUUUGUCAUAAGACCUACGAGCGCUGGUGGUGACACAUCAGAGACUCAGUCUUAUCGAUUUUUGCAUUUUUUCUUACUUUUUAUCGAUAUUUCAAAACUAUAAUUAUGUCAAAUGAAGAGAAAGAUACUAAGAUAACAAUUAAUGAAAAAGAAGAAGAGGAAUAUCAGCGUUCCUGCAUGAGGAAGAUCUCCCGGAUCGUGGUUCUAAUUUUGAUUGGACUCCUUGCUACCUGCUAUUAUAUAUUUGUGGUGGAGCUGUGCAUAUUCACUGUACAGUUAUUAGAGGCAAAGGUGACUUUCCUGGUGAUUUUCCACCUUUUGUUCCUCCUGUGCGUGUGGUGCUAUCUCCGGACUGUUAUGAUGCCUCCCGUUGUCCCUCCUGAAAAAUUCCGCCCAUCGGAGUCUGACAAGCAGCUGUACCUGAGUGAUGAGAGGCCACAAGUGCUGCAGGAGAUCCUCAUUCGUAUGGCUAAAGACUUGCAUAUUAAGAAGGCUGUAAGGUACUGUACCACAUGCCAUGUGAUAAAGCCAGACAGGUGCCACCAUUGCCCAGUGUGUAACGUCUGUAUACUGAAACUGGAUCAUCACUGCGGAUUUCUAAACAACUGUGUGGGAUUCUCCAACUACAAGUUCUUCCUCCUCGCUGUGAUGUAUGGAGUGCUAUUGUGCAUAUUCACUAGCGCAGUGUCGCUUUAUUGCUCCAUACUAUUCUGGACUCAUCAGCUGCCCAACAGCCCAUCCAAAGUCCCUAUCAUUGUGCUGUUCAGCCUGACCACGUUCUUCGCUAUAAUGCUAUUCCGACUUUUCCUUGAUCAUUUCGAACUGGCUCUAAGGAAUAUAACUGAUCGGGAGGACAGUGAUAACACAGAGGAGUAUAAUCCCUAUAAUUUGGGCUUCAGCAAGAAUCUGAGAGAAGUGUUUGGCAAUGAAAAGAAAUACUGGUUCCUCCCAAUCUUCAGCAGUUUAGGAGAUGGCUUCUCAUUCCCAAUGGGUGAUGCUACAAUGGACAUAGAGAAAAAUGCUGCUAAUGUUCCCAAACCUGUUAGUGAGAACCAGAACUGAAAAUCCCAGAAUUGACAGUUGUCACAGGAAAGACUACGAGGAGAAAUUUGCAAAGGGAACUCUGAUUAUUAUACAAUUAAUUCUGAGGAGGAAGACAUGAUUCAGACAUGGAUGCUGCCUGCCAUUAAUCCAACGAGAUCCAACAGCCUUUUCGGCAAGAUUGUUCCUGGGAAUAAUUAUUUGCAACUUUCCUACUGUUCCUGAAGAUUCGUCUCUGUCCUACCCCAACCCAGAGCAGAGGAGACUGGGACUGGGACCUCCUACGACAGAUGAAUUUGAAUACUUCAAAUAUAACUUCAAGUAAUAAUUUUAAUAAAAACUUUUAAAAAAAUAUGCAAACUGUAUUGUCUCUGCGCUAUUUUAUUCCUUUC